AUGGUGAAUGGAAAUCCAAGAAAUAAGUUACCUAAUAGGAAACCUACAUUCCAGGAGAAGAGGGAACAUUUCAUGCAAACAAGAGAGGGUGAAUUAAACCAGUAUGUGGCUCAGAACCAGCCACCUAUAGAAAAUUGUGAACUUGCUUUAGACAGCCCAAUAUCUGAGGAGGGAGUUGAUCAAAUUCCAAUGUUAAUUGAUGAUGAAGAGUUAGAGCGGAGAGACUUGCAAGAAGGAACCAAUCUGCUUAUUUGUUCAAAUGAACUUGCUUCCUAUGGAAUGCUUGGUGGCUCACUUUGUCUAGAUGUGCUAGUCAAGUUCCCUCCAGGUGUUGUCAAGAUGAAGAAACCUAUACAUUUGCAACCUUGGGACUCAUCUCCAGAGCUGGUGAAGAAAUUAUUUAAGGUAUUCCAUUUCAUAUAUACAUAUGCUGUAGUUGUUGAUGUUUGUCCCUUCGCUCUUGAUGAGUUUGUUCAGGCAUUUCAUGAUAAGGACUCAAUGUUACUUGGAAAGAUUCACGUGGCCCUUCUCACACGGCUUCUAUCUGACAUUGAAGUAGAGCUUUCUAAUGGAGAAGACCCAUCCUUCAAACCACAAGGUGGACAAUUAGGGGAAAAUGAUAUGGAUUAUGAUACAGAUGAGAAGUCAAUGGAAAAACUAAGGCGUCAUCUUCGAAAUGCUCGCGAAGAAUAUUACAGAUACAAAAGUGAGUAUAUAACUUAUGUACUGGAAGCCCUUGGGUUGGAAGAUACAAUAAAGAAUUAUGAACGUCGCAACUCAACUGGAUGGGAAUAUAAUUCAACCAUCAGACUUGAUCGGACUGGCAAGUUGGGGUCCAUAUUUGAUACUUUGGAGUUUUUUUUUGGAAAUGCGUUAUAA